AUGAAUGAGCAAAAUGUGACCAGAAUUACAGCAAUCCGCCUCCUGGGAUUUCAGACUGGUUGGAGUAUAAGUUGUCUGAUCUUUUUUCUCCUCCUUUUGAUUUAUUGUGUGUUAUUAUGUGGAAACCUCCUGAUCAUCACACUGGUGUCCUACAGCAAAGCCCUCCAUUCCCCCAUGUACUUCUUCCUCUCCCAGCUCGCUGUAACAGAUAUCUUACUGGCAACUGACAUUCUUCCCAAUACCCUUCAUGCUCUUUUAGUGAAAGAAUUUAUAAUGUCAUUUUCUGGUUGUAUUACCCAGUUUUAUUUUUUUGUUGUUGCAGAAGCUGGAGAGUAUUUUCUUUUAACAGCGAUGUCUUACGACAGAUAUCUGGCCAUCUGCAGACCGUUGCAUUACACUUCGAUCAUGAACCAACACUUUUGCUGGAUAAUGGUCUCCAUUUGUUGGAUUUUAAGCAUGUUAUUAGUACUGAUUUAUACUAUAACUAUAACAAACUUACAAUUCUGUGGUCCCAAUGUGAUUGAUCACUAUUUUUUUGAUCUUGGCCCAAUUCUACAACUUUCAUGUUCUGAAACAACCACUCUUCAAAUAGCUUUUAAAUUGAUGAUCGCUAUUGUGGUUGUAAUUCCAUUCUGUAUUGUCAUUGUAUCAUAUAUUUAUAUUAUAGUCACUAUUUUUGAAAUUCCUUCAAUCAAUGGGAGAAAGCGAACUUUUUCAACAUGCAGUUCCCACCUGACAGUUGUUUCUAUCUAUUACGGUACUCUAUUUGGUGUUUACAUAGUACCCAACAGAGGACAGUCAAGGAACAUGGCUAAAUUCUUGUCCUUACUGUACACCAUAGUCACCCCAAUGGUGAAUCCAAUUAUAUACAGUCUGAGGAAUAACGACUUUAAAAAAGCUAUAGGAAAACUCAUGAACCUUUCUUUUACUUUAGCACAACAGUGA